AUGUCACAUCAACAGCCGGCCCAACAACGACGCGCUCACACGUAUGAUGAUUAUGGGUCUGAUUACGCAGAUGGUGCAGGUAGCAGGACUGCGGGAUCGAUCAGAAGUCAAAGUAUGAGAAAUUCUCAUCAACAACAUGAUAUCGAUCCCGAUGACCCACCAUUACCAUCUUAUUCCGCUCUCAUGGCGUCAGAAUCUGCCGCUGCAGCAAGUGGUAUAUCACACUCUCCUCAACCGAUGAGCGACACCGCAUCUUCAACUCACACUCGAGCACCCAGCUUUGAUCAAACACCUUACGCACCUGUAGACUACGGUCUUCCAUCCUCAGCCUAUCCUCCUCAACAAGCUCAAGUAUAUGGGGCGUACGAUGGUGUUCCCAAAUCCAAUCCCAAUAGACUAUCGGCAGGAAGUAUAGGAAGAAGACCUGUUUCUGACCCAAACAACAUCGACUUUAAUCAAUUAUCCCUGACUCCAGCAUCACAUCCUUCGCCUCCUAAUCCUCCUCUACGUCAGCAGACAGCCCCUCCACCUCAACAAUACCCUGUACGAGCUCAAUAUCCCAGACAAAGAACGACAACAGGAGGAUAUCCUUCCGCGGACAUGGAUGCAGCAGCGAGUGUUUAUAGUCUGGAUUCAGGGAUAGGGGCCUAUUCCGGAUCUGGACCGCAGCCACAUCCUCAACAACCUUAUCAAGCACCAAAUUAUGAUCCAUACGCUGGAGGAUAUGCGCCGGGUCAAAUACAACCUCAACCUCAAGCGGACUUCUCCAACCCAUAUUAUGCAGCUGCGAGUGACUUUCUUGGUCCACCCCCCGGGUCAGAGCAGUAUGCGCCGGCCGCUGGCUCCUCAAGUACGCUUCCACCCAGUCGUCAACAAAGCACGACUACGCUCGCUCGGACCAAUACCAGCGCGACAACAGUAUCCAAUGCAUCAUCCAUGUCCCUCUCUCGCAACGUGACUGAACAAGUUGGAGCUUCUUCAACACGUAGACGAGGCACUCAAGCGGCUAUAGAUCUGAAUAAACCUCCAUACACGAAACAAUAUGUGGAUGACUAUAGGAAACGUAUGAAAGAUGAUCCUGAUCCAGAAGCUCAGUUCGCCUUCGCGAAAUAUCUCAUAGAGGCCGCAAAGAAAUUGGGUGAUGAGAUCAGUCAGAACGAUCCUAAACUAGGAAGGAAAUAUCGAGAUGUACUGUUGCAAGAAUCACUGAGGAACAUCAAGAAACUGGCAGAAAGCAAAGAACCGUAUCCCGAUGCACAAUUCUUCCUGGCAAAUUUGUAUGGAACAGGACAGCUGGGUCUUCAAGUCGACCAUGAAAAAGCUUACUAUCUAUAUUUGAUGGCAAGUAAGCUCAAUCAUCCUGCAGCGACAUAUCGAUCGGCAGUGUGUAACGAAAUUGGAGCUGGAACGAGGAAAGAUCCCGGCCGAGCGGUAUUGUUCUACCGAAAAUCAGCUGCUUUAGGUGAUACUGCAGCGAUGUACAAACUUGGUAUGGUACUUUUAGGCGGACUACUAGGUCAACCACGCAACCCUAGAGAAGCAAUUGUGUGGUUGAAGAGGGCAGCAUCGCAAGCUGACGAAGACAAUCCACAUGCGCUACACGAGCUGGCAUUACUCCACGAAAGACAGAACAAUGGAAACGUUGUUCCUCAUGAUGUCAAUAUGGCUAGGGAGUUAUUCACUCAAGCUGCUCAAUUGGGCUAUGCGCCUGCCCAAUUCAAGCUGGGCAGCUGUCACGAGUUUGGACAUUUGCUUUGUCCUAUCGACCCUAGAAGGAGUAUUGCUUGGUAUACAAGAGCAGCGGAGAAAGGUGAUAGCGAAGCAGAAUUGGCUUUGAGUGGAUGGUACUUGACCGGCAGUGAGGGAGUACUCAAACAGUCAGAUACCGAGGCAUAUUUAUGGGGUCGAAAAGCCGCCAACAAAGGUUUAGCAAAAGCCGAAUAUGCUGUUGGAUACUACACUGAGAUCGGUAUUGGUGUCAAACAAGACAUUGAACUAGCCAAGAGAUGGUACAUGCGUGCUGCAGCUCAACAACACAAGCGAGCGAUGCAGCGUCUGACCGAACUGAACAACGCUAAGAACCUGAAAGGAAAGGGUGCUAGACCCACGAGACAUGAAGCCUCGUCAGAGUGUACUAUCAUGUAA